AUUGCUUCUCUUUGGAGCUGAAUCGUGGGCGUUCCGCCUGGCUAUUGGCAGCCUAGGGUUUUGCUGUAGCAGAGACAAGCAUGACAUCAUUUGGAUCUCUCAAAUCAGCAAUUUUUGAGAGAGAAGAGAGAAAACAGCAAUACCAGGCACAUAUUCGAGGGCUUAAUGCUUAUGAUCGGCAUAAGAAGUUCCUGAAUGAUUACGUUAGCUUCUAUGGGAAAGAAAAACCUUCCAAUUUACGUUUGCCUAUUAAAACAGAUAAAGACACACUAAGAGAAGGAUAUAGAUUCAUACGCUCUGAAGAAGAUGAUAUGGAUCCUUCCUGGGAACAAAGGCUGGUGAAACGUUACUAUGACAAGCUUUUCAAAGAAUAUUGCAUUGCUGAUAUGUCUCAUUACAAGAGUGGCAAGAUUGGCCUCAGGUGGAGGACAGAGAAGGAAGUGAUAUCUGGCAAGGGCCAGUUCAUAUGUGGGAACAAACAUUGUGAUGAGAAAGAUGGCUUAGCAAGCUAUGAGGUGAACUUUUGUUACUUUGAAGCUGGGGAAAACAAACAAGCCCUUGUCAAGUUGGUAACCUGUGAGAGAUGUGCUGAGAAGCUUCAUUACAAGAGGAGGAAAGAGAAAGAAAAAUUAGAAAAAAGAGAACAGGAAGGCAGCCGAAAGAGGAAUCGAUCAAAGAGUGAUGAUGACUCGGAAGAGCUCAAUGAAAGCAAAGAGAGGAGGAGAAAAGGGAAAAGGGCUUCAACUUCUGCAAGUGAUCAUAAAAUUGACGACGACGAUAACUUUGAUGAAUUUCUUGAGGGAAUGUUUCCGUGACCUCAGCAGAUUGAUCGUGGCCCUAGAGGCAAAAAGUAUGUCCUCUAGGUCAAAGUUGGACGAGAAACAAAAUUUUGGGUUCUGUUAGGGGGACAGGAGAGU